GCUAUGAAUAGCGUUUUUUUCCACUCGUUCGAUACUGAACUGGCCUAAAGGAAACUCGCGUGCCGAUAUAGAAUUUCAGCAACAGUUCAAUUCUGAUUAGCGCGUUAACUCCUCAUUACAACAGUUGGUAAGUUAGUCGCUAAAAUUACGAAUCUUUCAAAUUGUGGUGGCGCUCUAUUUAGAUGGAAUCUAAAGUGGAUGAUCAUGAUCACAGAGUAGGUAGCCGCGGAAGAAAUACACAAAAAAGUACGUGCCGGAGUGCUUAUACGUACUUUAAGGAAUAUUGUAAUAGUACCAGUAUCCAUGGAUUUAAGUAUCUGGCAGAAGAAAGAUCCUUGGGAGAAAGGUUGUUAUGGAUAUCGUUGAUUACAUUGGCUUUCAUGGGCGUCGGAUACCUCAUUAGCCAAAUAUAUGCUAAAUACACUGAAAGUCCUGUAAUAGUAUCCUUUGCAACGAAAGAGUCACCAAUUUAUACGAUUCCAUUCCCUGCAGUAACCAUCUGCCCUACCACAGUAGCACAGAAGAAGCUGUUUAAUUUUACUGAUUUUGUAAGGAAGAAGAAAGCUAAAGAAAAGUUGACAAGCACUGAAGAACGAUAUGCCAAGUAUAUCUCCUACGUUUGUGACACGGACUAUGACUAUUUUCCAAAUGAAGAGUAUUUCACAGAAGAUUUUUAUCAAGCUUUGGAUGAGAUAAAAAUACCAGUGGAACAUUUCAUGGAACAAUGUAAAUUUAUGUCGCUUAGUGUUUCGUGCAGUGAAUGGUUUACUCCAAUAAUAUUGGAUGAUGGUGUUUGUUUUACCUUCAAUAUCCUCGACAAAUCCGCAAUAUAUGACUCUACAGUAGUACAAGUUAAAGAUUACCACAAGUCGUGGAAAACAAAAUGGAACGUAGAGGACGGGUACAAAAAUGUUAACAGUUCGGAUGAGUACCCUUAUAGAGCCUUUAUGGCUGGAGCUGAUAAUGCAUUAGAAAUUAUUUUGUAUCAGAACGAAACAGAUCUGGAUUAUUUGUGUGUAGACGAUUUUCAAGGAUUUAGCGUGAUUCUACACGCACCGUUUUCUAUUCCACAACUAAAAAGUCAAUUCUUUAUGGUUCCGUUUAACAGGGUAGUUAACGCUCUGGUUCUACCAAAGGUAAUGUCAACGUCUGAUAAAGUUAAAAUAUACAAACCUAAAGCACGUGAAUGUUAUUUUUCAACUGAGAAAAAACUGAAAUAUUUCAAUAUAUACGCACCAAGAAAUUGCAAGUUAGAAUGUCUAACUGAGUUCACUUUAAAAAUGUGUGGAUGUGUAAAUUUUCACAUGCCCCGAAAAAAUGAUACAGCUAUAUGUGGAAACGCUAAAUUUAAAUGCGUCAAAGACGCUGAGUAUUUAUUAAAACUGCAACAAUAUAACCUUCAAAUAGAAAACGAACAGAUGGACUUCUUUUGCGAUUGUAAACCAUUAUGUACGGAUGUCAGCUAUGACGUUGAACAAUCGCAAGCACCUUGGGAUCAAAAAGAACAAUAUAAAGCUGCUGGAGACAUGAAAGCUUUUGAUGCGAGCAUACGUUACUCCAAACUUUCUGUAUUUUUCAAACAAGAUUCUUUCUUAACCUCACAAAGAAACGAGCUCUACGGCCCAACAGAUUUCUUGGCCAAUUUUGGUGGACUAAUGGGAUUAUUUACAGGAUUCUCUCUGUUAUCAGCUGCAGAAAUUUUGUACUUUUUGUCAGUUAGAUUGUGCUGUAACUUUAGAUUAUAUAGAAGUGCGACAGGGAUCGGCGUAUAAAGGAUUAUUGUACUUGUGAAAGUUGUAUUUGUCACUUUAUUUAUUAAAUUAGGAAGCUUUAUUAAAAUAAUUGUGUUAAGCCA